AUGGCUGGGAUCACGGACGACAAGUCCAAGGUAGCAGCCAUCAACGGCACAAAUGGUGCCGAGGCGGCUCCUGAUAAGGCCACUGCGCAGGCCACCGAGCGGCCGCCCUCAUACAACCAGCCGGAAGUUCUACUUCAACUACCCCAGCUAAACCUCAAUGAGGUGGCCAUCAGUGCGACUACUCGCACGGUCACCCGUGACCAGGUUGUCGCGCAUCUCAAGUUUCUGGCUGUGCUCGCUGAUCUGCGGGACUUGAUUUCGAAUAAUGAUGGUCUCUUUGGCCUCUUCGACUCCGAGGCCGACAAAUACCCCGACUCACUGAAUGAGGCUCGCGCCCGUAUUCGAGAGAAGCGGUGGGCCGUGUACACGGCUCGCGCUGUCGACCGCUAUCAAAAAUGGUGGUCGACUUGCCUCCCCAUGUCACGACCGCAUGCCACCAUGCUGGAUUUGGAGAUGCAGAACUAUGAGGAUAUCGUUGAUUGCGAAACUCUGAUUUUGUGGAGCGUAGAUAAUAUGCCCCCUCUUGGUGAGUCCGAAUCGGAAUCUUACUGUUUAGGUGCCCACGCUGAUCAAGGAGCUCCAGAUAUUUUGAUGGUCUGGCAUUCUCAUAUGCUUAACCCGAGAGACUUUCUCGAAGAUUGCAUCCGGUCGGGCAGGAUGAGCACCUGGAGGACUGGAUUCCCGUUUGCUGCCGUGAAUGCCUGCAUCAACGAUCGCACCUUGGAGUACACCGUAUCCGAGGAAACUCAAAAGCUGUUUGAGCAGCAGCUUCAGUUGAAAUGGGACAAUCUACAUGAUGCACCCGGCAAGGAUCUUGAAUGCCCGCGCUGUGCAAAAGUCAACACUAUCCUCUGGACGGAAGGGGCCAUCGGGGAGUCGGUCAAGGAAGCCUUCAAAAACAGCACUGGUUUCUCGGACCGGUCCUUCGAGAUGACCUGCAAGCAUUGCAAGUAUCCCAUCGACCAUGGCCGCCUGAGAGUGGCCAAGUUCCGGAGUGAUCUCAUCAGACUGCUUCAGAACAAUCGACCCAUGCCAGGAUCCAUCUACAAUAUCAACGGCGUCCCUGAAGGACUGCCCAAGACGAGAAACCAGGUACUCCACCGAUAUAUGAUGUUCCCGAGCCGGCUGAUGGAGGCAGUGGGAAAGGACCUACUCGCAUUCACCGACCCUCGAGUGGACUGGUGCAAGAACAUCGACGACCUCCGCAAAGAGCUCGAGGUCAAGCUGCGCGACCGAAAGGUACUGACAGUCGCGCACGCCGGCUUCUUCCGGGGCGGCGUCCGACCCGGCGAGAAAGUCCACUUCCGGCGCAUGAUGUCGCACUACUGGGAGAACUUCAGCCCUUUCGCCCUCGACCUUGUCGGAGCAGUGAUUCGCCAGGGAACGUUCGUCCAGAAGAUGGAUAACAUCGACUGGCUGCACUCGCCCACGGUCAUGGAUACCGCCGACCGGCUGAUCAAGAAGUACCAGGUCUUCUUCGAGAUCAUGUUUUCCAACCCGCGGAACAUGGCUGUCCCCACGCUGGACGUCGAUCUGGCCUGGCACACACACCAGCUUCAGCCCAGACAAUACUACAAGUGCAGCACGCGGCACACAGUGCGAGCAAUGCGUAUCUUCAUUGACCACGACGACAAGAUCGACGAGAACAAGCUCUCCGAGGCCUUCGAGUGGACCAGCAAAAUGUACCGCCGCGCCACGGACGGUGGCAUCUACAGCGAGUGCACAUGCUGGUACUGCGAGGCCACGCGCGCACCGGACCUCUACGACCGCAUUUUCAGCGUCGGCUCCGCGUCCCGUGCCCGUGACAAUGCCGACACUCUCCACGACCGCGCAGAUAUUUCCUCCGACCCGGACAAGAACCCACACAUCUCCGCACACAACGCCGUGCGACCCGCCACUCGGGCCGCCGAAGAUCCCCGCAUCGGCCAGCUCCAGCGCAUUCGUCUGCACCAGAACUACGAGAAAGCUGUCCGGCGCGCCGAGAAGCGUGGUCGUAGCCGCUCCGAUGCGAGGAGGAGCGAGGAUGGCGGUUACGCGCCAUACUACUACGCCCCCUAUGUCUGGGGCUACCCGAUGGUGGUGCCCUUCUACGGGCCAUACAUGUGUGACCCAGGCAUCAGCUCUGACUCCUAUGCGUGCAACCCGAGUUGCAUGAACGUCAGUGCCGGUGGCGUUGAUGACUCCAAUCAACCUACGAUCUCCUCCUGA